AUGCCCGACCAAACUUACAGGACCGAAAGCCAAACAUGUCUUCUCAGACACGACACGGCCGAAACAACACACAAUAUAGUCGCGCAGAAGGAAAAGAAGAAGUCACUCUUCCAGCGGCUCCAGAGCAAGAAAAGUGGUGAAAUUUCAGAGGACGACUUGCUGAAGUACACCGGCAUGACCAAAAACGGACUUGCGGAAUGGGCUAAGGACCGACCUGGCGUUGGUAAAAACAAACAUGGGGAGGCCCCCCCGGAGGCUGCGAGCAUUGUUGUCUCAGGCUGCUAA